AUGUGUACUCACAGGUUUCAUAGACAUGGUCGAGCGGAUUUAGGGAGACUUGAUAGUAAACACGAACGGACGUCUCUUGGAAAGCGUGGAGUCCGGGUAGUCGCUGUCAGCCCAGUGGGGGGCGGAAGGCUGGCGGGAAUGACUGGAGCCCUCCCGCCUGAAACCAGACACAGAGCCACAGAGCCACAGAGCCACAGAGCCACAGAGCCACAGAGCCACAGAGACACAGAGACACAGAGCCACAGAGACACAGAGCCACAGAGCCACAGAGGUCGAGCCGAGGCAGAGCUAAGCGUGGAAGCCGGGCAGCGAGGCGGCGGUGGCGGCGGCGGCGGCGGCGGCGGCGGCGGCGGAAGCGGGCAGCACAAUGGCGGCUCGCGGGCCUAG